AUGUAUGGAGCAUUGCUGAUGCUACUGCGACUGCAGUGCUGGCAACGGCAGAAAUAUCAGCAGUUGUUGGAACAGCUUGGGCAGGAGGCAAAGCACAAGCAACUUGUAGGCAAGUCAUCCUCUGAAGUUGAGAUGAGGCCAAAGCAAAAUCCCAGAUCUAAAAAUGAGGAGAAAAUUCAAAUGUUUCUCCAAAAAACCCUGUCCAGAAGAAUUUCAAAUCCGUAUUUGGAAACUCCUUCAAACAAGAUUUAUGGAGAAAGUUCUUCCUGUGCUGGGAGAGCUCUCAGGAAUAUUUUUACUCUACAAGCGUCUGACCUGAUAAAAGACAGGGUGUACCUUACUGGCAUUUGCAGGAGAAGCUGUGUUGGAUCAGAACUGGUAGACUGGCUUUUGGAGCAGUGCCCUUUUGUUAAGUGCAGAUCUACAGCUGUUGGAGUGUGGCAGCUCCUCCUGGAUAUGGGCAUUAUAUUAUCAGUGGACAGACAACUCUAUUUUCAAGACACUCAUGCUUUCUACCAGUUCUCAGCAGAUGAAUGUACCUACCUUUUCUGUGAAUUUGAGAAAGAGGAAGGAUGGAAGAAUGGAGUGAAGCUCCUACUUCAACUACUGCCAUUGUCUCCUCCCAGGAUUGACAUGUGUAAUCUGCCUGAUCAAAAAAUGGAAGAUACGGCAGAAACCAAUGCUGAAAUUCUUGCUCGUCUCACUUCUGCGGUACAGAGAGAACUGGCUGCUGUCAUUGCUUUGAAAGCAAGGAAGUCAGCAAUUCAUCAAAAUGAAGAAAACAGCAGUCAAGAAAUAAGAGGACUAGAAGAGCUCAAGGAUACCUCUGAUGCUCAGGCAGGAGUUUUGUGCAAGCUUCAGGGAAGAGAUGACAUCGGACGGAUUGAGCUGGUCCAGAAGCUGGCAAGAGAAAACCGCCAAUUUUUGCAGGCGGAUAGAAAACCACCAGAGAAGGCAGAACAAUGGUGCAGAUCUUCUCAUUCAUUCAUUCAUUAUAUUACUACACUUUUCUCUUGGAAUUGA